AUGGCGGUGAAUCCAACUAUUGAAGACGCCAUUAGUAGAAUUAUUUCUAGAUAUGCUCCGGUUUCUUUAGGAGCGGAUUUAACAAAUUUUACAAAAAAUGAAAAAAUUGCAAUUUCUAAAUUAGUUGCCGCUGGGAAGUUGAUCGACAGGAUCUACCUUCGUCAAAAAUGGAAAGGCAAUGAGGCUCUACUUGACCAACUCCGAAACACCAAGCCACAAGACAAAAGAUCACUACUAGCAUUCAAUUUGCUGAAAGGGCCAUGGGAUCGUGUUGAAGGUUUGGUCUUAUCUGAUCCUCCAAACCUUCCAGCUCACAAACCUGAGGGUGGAAAUUUUUAUCCUGAAGAUAUGACAAAAGAAGAAUUCGAAUCAUGGGUUGGAACCCUUGAGCCAGGACAACAAGCCAAGGCUAAAGGGUUUUAUCAUACGAAGCAGCAGGAUUGUUCAAAAUCAGUCGAAGAUGAAUCUUUGAGCAGAUUUUUAAGGACAAGGGCUGAAGCAUUUUUGAAUAACGAGUAUUUGGAAAGUGAGGUCGAUUGGUUGAACAUUAGCAAAGAGAGUCGCCUUGAAGUAUACACGGACGAACUGUUCUCCGCAAAAAGCGCCUUUGAAUUUUACAUUCACGCACGAGACUUUGAAUUUUCUAAAGUCUUGGAAAAGUUUUCAAAUAGUUUACAAGAAAUAGAAAAUAAUCUGCCAGUACCACCUGAAUAUAAAAACAAUGAUUUGAGAGCCACUCCAAUUGUUGUGGUGAAUCAAUUAUACGCCGCUGGCGAUGUUGCAGUUCCUAUGACAGCUGCAUACAAUCUUCCCAAUGAUGAAGAAGCUAUUAAACGCGGUGGGUCAAAAUUAGUUAUAAUUAAGAAUGUACAAGAAGGAAAAUAUCAUAAUAUUUUGGAGCCAAUCGCCCGAUCAACCAUAGCCGAAAAUCAGCUUCAACAUUUGUCGUUUGAUGCAUUCUUCACACACAUUCUUCUCCACGAAGUAGCUCAUUCUAACGGACCACACUAUACGAUUGGGCCUAAUCCAGUUACAGUCAGAUCACGUUUACAAGAAUAUCAUUCAGUCAUCGAAGAAGCCAAAGCUGUGUAUUCUAACUCUACAUCAUCUAUAUCAGAUAUAACCGGUUUGUUCGCGGCUGCUCAUUUACUUAAAAUUGGGCUUUUAACUGCGCCAUCAAUUCAACAAUUUUAUGUAACAUAUCUUGCCUCGGCGUUUAGAUCUAUUCGAUUCGGCAUAAAAGAGGCACAUGGAUUAGGCCAAUGUGUACAACUAAACUAUAUUUUAUCACAAGGCGGAUUCAUCUAUGAUCCAAUAACUGCGCGUUUUAGUGUCAAUUUUGACACUGUCGCAACAGCAAUUUCUAAUUUGACAAGGGAUAUCUUAAUAUUGCAAGGAGACGGUGACAAAAAGCGCGUAAAGGAAUUUGUCGACAUGUAUGGUGAAGUGAGAAAAGAAGUUAAAGAUGCACUGAGCAAAUUGGAACGUGAAGGAAUACCCGUUGAUAUUAGACCUUUAUACGAGAUCGAAAGGGACGCGUAG